UUUGUUGAAAUAAUUCAAAUAAUUGCUUCUUUUUAUUUUUUCUUCUUAAACCAUGUCUAAUACUGAUAUUGAAAAAGCUGAUUUGAAGCAUCAAGAGUCUUCACCAAAGCCAUCCCGUUAUGCCCCACCACCAACGACCGAGUUGGCCGAGUAUCAAAAAACGAUGAUUGGACCUGCUAUUGGCUUUGCAGCAUUUGGUCUUUGCUCUUUUGUACUUGGCAUCUUCAAUACAGGUAUCUUGACCAACGUUCCUCAAGUUGCUGUUGGUAUUGCAUUUGGCUAUGGUGCUAUCGGUCAGUUCAUAGCCGCUGUUAUCGAGAUCAUACACAAGAACAUCUUUGCUGCCGUCGCCUUCACGACCUAUGCAAGCUUCUUCCUUACAUUAGGUAUCAUGUUUGUCCCUGGAAGCGGGUUCUUAGCUGCUGCUGCCGCUGCUGGUCAGCUGGAACAGUGUUUGGGCCUUAUCGAGCUUACUUAUGCUAUCGCCGCUCUUAUUUUCUUCAUCGGUACCUUCCGUCAACCUAUCUUGGUUCGAAUGAUCUUGGGUUUUGCUUUACUUUCAUUGGUACUCAGUGCAGCCGGUUCACUCAGUGGUAAUAUCGCCUUGACCAAAGCCAGUGGUUGGUUCUCGUUCUGCCUGAGUCUUACAGCCUUUUAUGUGCUCAUGGCUAUGCUUUAUAAUGAAACAAACACUUUUAUUAAGGUGCCUUUCUUUUAAAAAGUAUACAUCUUCAUUCUGUAAACUUGGGCCGGGGAGCUUGCAUUCGUACACACACAUAUAUAUAUAUAUAC